GGCGGAAGGGUGGGCGGGGCCUGCCGCGAUACUUAGCGGCCCCCGAAGGGCCACGCCCCAAGCCGGAAGUGACGGAGCCGAGCUAGCGCGUCGAGGCUCCCUCUAUGGUUUUCGUCUCCUCCUGGAGUCGGGAAAUGGCCGCUGUGUAGUUCACCACGGAGAGGAAAUCCCGAAACUCGUGCUUCGGCGUGUCAGGAAGAAUUUUGGCAGUAUCUUAGAGACAUCACUGACUUCUGGAUCCUGCAUAAAGCCCAAGGAGAAAAGAAAUGGGCCGCUCCAAUUCUAGAUCGCAUUCUUCAAGAUCAAAGUCUAGAUCACAAUCUAGUUCUAGAUCAAGAUCAAGAUCACAUUCUAGAAAGAAGAGAUACAGUUCUAGGUCUCGUUCCAGGACAUAUUCAAGGUCUCGUAGUAGAGAUCGUAUUUAUUCUAGAGAUUAUCGUCGAGAUUACAGGAAUAAUAGAGGAAUGAGACGGCCUUAUGGGUACAGAGGAAGGGGUAGAGGGUAUUAUCAAGGAGGAGGUGGUAGAUACCAUCGAGGUGGCUAUAGACCUGUCUGGAAUAGAAGGCAUUCUAGGAGUCCUAGACGAGGUCGGUCACGUUCCAGGAGUCCAAAAAGAAGAUCCGUUUCUUCUCAAAGAUCCCGAAGCAGAUCUCGCCGGUCAUACAGAUCCUCUAGGUCUCCAAGGUCAUCAUCAUCUCGUUCUUCGUCCCCAUAUAGCAAAUCUCCUGUCUCUAAAAGACGAGGGUCUCAGGAAAAACAAACCAAAAAAGCUGAAGGGGAACCCCAAGAAGAGAGUCCUUUGAAAAACAAAUCCCAGGAGGAACCAAAGGAUACAUUUGAACAUGAUCCAUCUGAGUCUAUUGAUGAGUUUAAUAAAUCUGCCACAUCUGGGGAUAUUUGGCCUGGCCUUUCAGCUUAUGAUAAUAGUCCAAGAUCACCUCAUAGUCCUUCACCUAUUGCUACACCACCCAGUCAGAGUUCAUCUUGCUCAGAUGCCCCUAUGCUUAGUACAGUCCACUCUGCCAAAAAUACCCCUUCUCAGCAUUCACAUUCCAUUCAGCACAGUCCCGAAAGGUCUGGAUCUGGUUCCGUUGGAAAUGGGUCUAGUCGAUAUAGUCCUUCCCAGAAUAGUCCAAUUCAUCAUAUCCCUUCACGAAGAAGCCCUGCAAAGACAAUCACACCACAGAAUGCUCCAAGAGAGGAAUCUAGGGGGCGGUCCUCUUUCUAUCCUGAUGGAGGAGAUCAGGAAACAGCAAAGACAGGAAAGUUUUUAAAAAGGUUCACAGAUGAAGAGUCUAGAGUGUUCCUGCUUGAUAGGGGUAAUCCCAGGGAUAAAGAGGCUCCAAAGGAGAAAGCGUCAGAGAAAGGCAGGGGAGAGGGAGAUUGGGAAGACCAGGAAGUUCUAGAUUACUUCAGUGAUAAAGAGUCCGGAAAACAAAAAUUCAAUGAUUCCGAAGGGGAUGAUACAGAGGAGACAGAGGAUUAUAGACAGUUUAGGAAAUCGGUCCUGGCUGAUCAGGGGAAGAGUUUUGCUACUUCAUCUCAUCGGAAUACUGAGGAGGAAGGACCCAAGUACAAGUCCAAAGUUUCACUAAAAGGCAGUAGAGAAAGUGAUGGAUUUAGAGAAGAAAAAACUUACAAACUGAAAGAGACUGGAUACCUAGUGGAAAGGCCUAGCACUGCAAAGGAUAAGCACAAGGAAGAGGACAAAGGUUCUGAAAGAAUAACAGUAAAGAAAGAGACACAGUCACCUGAGCAGGUAAAGUCUGAAAAGCUCAAAGACCUCUUUGAUUACAGUCCCCCUCUACACAAGAAUCUAGAGACCCGAGAAAAGUCUAUCUUCAGAGAGGAGAGCCCGCUUAGGAUCAAAAUGAUAGCCAGUGACUCUCAUCGUCCUGAAGUCAAACUCAAAAUGGCACCUGUUCCUCUUGAUGAUUCUAACAGGCCAGCAUCCUUGACUAAAGACAGGCUACUUGCUAGUACGCUUGUCCAUUCUGUCAAGAAGGAGCAAGAAUUCCGAUCCAUCUUUGACCACAUUAAGUUGCCUCAGGCCAGCAAAAGCACUUCAGAGUCAUUUAUACAACACAUUGUAUCCUUGGUUCAUCAUGUUAAAGAGCAAUACUUCAAGUCACCUGCAGUGACCCUAAAUGAGCGGUUCACUUCAUACCAGAAAGCUACUGAAGAACAUAGUAACCGGCAGAAGAGCCCUGAGAUCCACAGGAGGAUUGACAUCUCUCCAAGUGCUCUGAGGAAGCAUACCCGUUUAGCAGGGGAGGAGAGAGUUUUUAAAGAAGAAAAUCAGAAGGGAGAUAAAAAAUUAAGGUGUGAUUCAGCUGAUCUUCGGCAUGACAUUGACCGUCGCCGUAAAGAAAGAAGUAAAGAACGGGGUGAUUCCAAGGGCUCCAGGGAAUCUAGUGGAUCAAGAAAGCAAGAGAAACCUCCAAAAGAUUACAAGGAAUACAAAUCUUACAAAGAUGACAGCAAACAUAAAGGUAGAGAGCAAGACCAUUCUCGAUCGUCAUCCUCUUCAGCAUCCCCUUCCUCACCCAGCUCUCGAGAAGAAAAAGAGAGUAAGAAAGAAAGAGAAGAAGAGUUUAAAACUCACCAUGAGAUGAAAGACUACUCGGGAUUUGCAGGAGUUAGCAGACCUCGAGGAACCUUUUUUCGAAUUAGAGGCAGAGGAAGAGCCAGAGGAGUUUUUGCUGGGACAAAUACUGGUCCAAACAACUCAAAUACUACUUUUCAAAAGAGACCGAAGGAAGAGGAAUGGGAUCCAGAAUAUACCCCAAAGAGCAAGAAGUACUUCUUGCAUGAUGACAGAGAUGAUGGUGUGGAUUAUUGGGCCAAAAGAGGAAGAGGUCGUGGUACUUUUCAACGCGGCAGAGGGCGCUUUAAUUUCAAAAAAUCAGGUAGCAGUCCAAAAUGGACUCAUGACAAAUACCAAGGGGACGGGAUUGUUGAAGAUGAAGAGGAGACCAUGGAAAAUAAUGAAGAGAAGAAAGACAGACGCAAAGAAGAAAAGGAAUAGUCUGAAGAUUGCAACAGAGAGGAGAACUUGACACACAUUUUUUUAAACCUGAUUUUUGUUUUCAAAUAAGAAUGUAAACAUUUUACUUAACAUUUACUGUUUGCAAGUAGUCUAUAGAAAUUUUGUUUUAAGUCUUCAAAUACCUUGGAAAUAUAGUAGACUGUAUGUUGAAAAUUGUAUUGAAAUAAAGUAGGAAAUGUUCCGUACCAUAUUUGUAACUAUCAACUUUUAAAAACCUUUGACUGUUUUUGUUACAUGCAUUGUAUUUCUGCUUUGUCUAUAAGAAAUGGUCAAGUCCAGCUCUGUGACAGCUCUGAUUCUCUUGCCUCCCUGUUAAUGUUUGAUUCUGAAGUGAACGUCAGCUCUACACAAAUCCACACAAAACCUUGACCAGGAGUUGUUUAUAGUGACCACACUAAUUGUUUAACUGGACACAUCUGUUUAACAUCUUUUUUAAUUUGAACACACUACAUUGUAGGGCGACUAAUUUUCAAAACUACCACAAAAGUUGCUAUUCUGCUAAACUAAAACUAGUUCCACACUUCAGCAAAUAUAUAAGGACAAUAGCUUUGUUAAUAGCUAAAAAGUACAAAUUAUUAAAAGUUAGGAAGGUUUGAGAAAGUGGUAUUUUUACUGAAAGCAAGCAGUGGCCUGUAAAAUCAUUUGAAGAGCCUUUCCUGUAUGAAUUGAAAAUUGAGUAUUCUCUUCCCUUCUCAUUUGAUAGUUUGAGUCAUGGUCUUAGACACCAGCCCCCUAGGAGAGAGAGAAACUGGUUUGUAAUGUCAGUGUAAGUAAAAACCCUAAUUCCACAGCCCUGGCUGUGUUUUCUAACAAACAAAAACAGCAAAACUUGGGAGUCCUGUUCCCGAAGCAUGACUUGGUGCAGUCGGUCGUCACUAAGUACCUGAUUGAAUAGCUUACAUACUUAUUGGAUACUCUGAACAGCUGUAGAUCAGUCCAUAAUUUAACCAUAUAAUCAGGUAGAUCCAACUUACUGUGUAGUAAAUCAUUUGUUUUCUCUUAAUGUUACCAAUAAAAGAUUUUGUCAGGAAGCUUGUAGCAUUGAUCUGACCUCCACCCUUCCCCCAUUAUUUUAAGUUUAUAAAAUGACCGUUUUCUUUUCAAGUACUCUACCUUACCUAAAGAGGUAGAUAAUCCUCUUUGCUAUUUAAUAGCCCUUGGAGGGAUAAAGUUCAUGCUCAGACUGAUUUUUUUUUUCUAAACAUGUUAAACCAGCCACAUUGCAUCAGAUUAGUUGUAUACUUUUGCAUUUAAAGGAGAUAAUGCUUAUGCUAUUAAUGCAAACUUUUAAAAAUUAUAAGUGUAUGGCUCUUUCAUUCUGUUUUGAUGAUUUACAAUGUGUCUUAGACUUUGAAUAUCUAGUGACAUUUGCUAAGAGCUAUUGGCAACAAAAUUAAAACCAAAAAGUCAACAUGUGAUAUGUUUAAGUUUUUCACUCAGUAUGCAUGAUUUCUCCCCUUAAUUGUCUAUCUGGAAUUAUUUAGUAAAUCAGAAAAUAUCUGCAAAGCAACUUUAUUGCAUCAAUCUGGACAUAAUUAGUACCAUCCUGUUCAGAUUAAUAUUUAAAUAUAAAAGCAAUAUGUAUUUAAUUCCCUAACAAUUUUCAUACCAUUCUGUUUUAUAUGAAUACAUUUAACUUUUAACAGUUAUUUAGUUAUACACCGAAUCUUGGCAUGUUUACCUUUACUUUUUCUACAACAAAGAAAAGCAGUAGAUUUACUGAAAAAUAAUUUAAUAGGGAGUAACAGGUUAUAUUUUAAGUGCUAAUGCAAUGCUGUAACCUUUGGUUACUUUAAUUUUAAAGUUAAGAAAGAAGAUCCCACUACAUUAAAGUAUGGUGGUAAGAACUCUGCAGUAGAACACCACUGUGAAUCUUCUGUUUUUCAGAGCCAAACAUAAAGCAGCCUGUGUGUUAUUUUUUGUGAUCACUAUUUCCCAUUUCAUGACAUGUUACAAAGCUGGAUGGCUCCUCUUGGUAGAGCUGCUUGAUUAUAAGUGCCAGGAAAAUAACGUUAGUAGCUGCAUUAAUGUACUUACUUUGCUCAGAGAAAUGAAAUAAAAAUGAACCAAAGGAUUUUUCCAGGGGAAAAAAAAAAAAGCAGUUUCCGAAGGCCAUGACUCAAUUCUUAGGUGUGUAUGCUUUUCAACAUCUUAGGCAUUUUAAUAAAAAGCAAAGCCUUUUCCAGUUGCACUCUAUUUCAAGGAAUUGAAAUUGUUAUUGUUCCCUUUUGUCACAGUUAAAAAUCAGUGUUGGGAAUUAAAUUAUAAUUUGAGGGAAAAAUAUUACCCCAUGAGAAUGAAUGUAGCUGGCUAAAUGAUUCUUAUUCAAGUGUGGUGUAUAUUUCAACAGGGACCCUUGUAAAUUGUCAUAUGCCAAUAAAGUGUCCUAAGUGGUAA